UGUAGCCUCUCUUCUCUGGGCGGUUCCAGUCUCAAAAGAGACGUUCAGAAAGCUCACCAACAAAACUAUCAGCUCAGACACAAACAUGGCGCCUGCCUCCGCCGUCAACUUCAGAUGAAAGUGUGGCGAAGAAGUGGCCUGCAAAGUUUCAAAGGACUAUUUCGAAGUGGCUUUUUUUUCUUUUUUUUAAUGCGCUGUCCUGGUUUGACCCGUUUCGGUUUGCACAAAUAGAAAUACGGAAUAUAUCAAGCGGGUAAAAGCAGCAAGUUGCCUACAUGUCAACAUUGUCCCUCGCUGCAGUGUAAACAGCUGGUACGCCCAGCCAUGAUUGAGGACAAGGGUCACCGUGUGACCGACUACUUUGUGGUGGCCGGGCUGACAGACAAGUCCACGCCCCUGGAGCAGGACCUGUCGGAGACCAAGUCCGGCGGCCCCAAAGCGCCCAUCACUGACUUGGCUGUCAUUAACAAGUCGGCCGGAGAAACGGUGCCCGAGGGCUUCACUUGCAUCGACACCACCUACAGCGGCCAGCCAGCCAACCUUAACCACGGCAGUCUUAAGAGUCCUGAGCUGUUUCUGUGCUACAGGAGGAGUCGAGGGAAGUCGCCUCUUAUUGACAUUGGUGUGCUGUAUGAGGGGAAGGAGCGUCUGAUCCAGGGCUGCGAGGUCAUCCAGGCCACACCGUACGGCCGCUGCGCCAACGUCAACAACAGCUCCGCCACCUCGCAGCGCAUUUUCAUCACCCUCCGCCGAGCGCCGCCCGUCCAGCCUCAGAACUCCCUGGCAGUGACAGACAUCUGCGUGAUCGUCACCAGCAAGGGCGAGACACCACCACAUACCUUUUGCAAGGUGGACAAAAACCUCAACUGUGGCAUGUGGGGCUCUAAUGUGUUCCUGUGUUACAAGAAAUCAGUAUCUGCGUCCAAUUCCAUCAGUUACAAAGCCGGUCUCAUCUUUCGUUACCCAGAAGAAGACUAUGAGUCUUUUCCUCUGUCAGAAUCUGUCCCUCUGUUUUGUUUGCCCAUGGGUGCCCAGAUCGAGUGUUGGGCACCAAACACACGGGAUCCCCUGCCCGUCUUCUCCACGUUUGUCUUAACCAUCUCUUCUGGUGAAAAGGUGUAUGGAUCAGCCAUCCAGUUUUACGAGCCUUAUCCAGUGGAUCUGUUGAGUGAGAAGCAGAAGAUCCAGUUGGGCCUGCUCACCACGGUGGAGAAAAAGAUGAUCCCCAACCGGCCUGUAAACACCAAUAAAUGCAUCUGCCUGCUCUCUCGCUGGCCCUUCUUUGAGGCCUUUCGCAAGUUCCUGAUGUUCCUCUAUAAGCUCUCUGUCUCAGGCCCACACCCACUGCCUAUUGAAAAGCACAUCUCGCACUUCAUGCACAAUGUGUCAUUUCCUUCUCCGCAAAGGCCAAGAAUAUUAGUCCAGCUCUCAGCACAUGACAACUUGAUCCUCUCCCAGCCUGUGUGUACACCCUUACCCCUCAGCGGGGCAGACUACGGCACUCUGCUGAUGAAUCUGGGCUCCGAGAACUGCGCCACACUGCUGCACUUUAUCCUGCUGGAGAGCAAAAUCCUGCUGCACUCGCUCCGGCCCGCUGUGCUCACCGGAGUGGCCGAGGCUGUGGUGGCUAUGAUCUUCCCCUUCCAGUGGCAGUGUCCCUACAUCCCCCUGUGCCCGCUCUCUCUAGCAGGUGUCCUCAACGCUCCUUGUCCAUUCAUAGUGGGUGUGGACUCCCGCUACUUUGACCUUUACGACCCCCCGCCAGAUGUUGUCUGCGUGGAUCUGGACACCAACACUAUCUACCUGUCUGACGAAAAGAGACACAGCAACUGGAAGAACCUCCCAAAGAAGCCCUGCAAGAGUCUCGUUAACUCACUGAGCAACUUGCACCACCAGCUGGCCACUGUUUCAGUACAUCAAACAUCACAGGACAACUCAGCAGUGGACAUGACCCCCAUCGAGGCGGACUUCACCUGGCACAAGAAGAAGACGUCCCUGGAGAUGGAAAUCCAGGAGGCCUUCCUUCGCUUCAUGGCCUCCAUCCUGAAGGGCUACCGUUCCUACCUCAAACCCAUCACCCAGGCGCCCUCCGAAAAGGCCACGGCCGCAGAUUCCCUGUACGACCUGCAAGGCUUUCUCAAAAGCAGAGACCGCGCCCAUCAGAAGUUCUACUCCCAGCUCACCAAGACCCAGAUAUUCAUCCGCUUUAUUGAGGAGUGCACCUUUGUCAGUGAUAAGGACACUGGCCUGGCCUUUUUUGAUGACUGUGUUGAGAAGCUUUUUCCCUCUGAUAAAAUCACCGACAAGGGCACCAAGGUUGAAGGAGAAUCAUCGGAGGACACAAGAUUGUUGGAGCUGGACGAGUCCCAGAAGAGUGAGCACACUGUUUUUGUCAUGCCCCCUGAACCACCAGUUGACGAUGGGCCUGAACCUGCCCCCAGAUACACCUAUAAGAGUUUCCCAUGGCUGCAUAUGGAGCUUUUUGACCGUCCUAGGGAGUUACGGCCAGCAAUUAGCAGCAGAGCAGCAGGGGCCAGUCUGUCCAGCAGCCCUGCACUACUGGCCAAGAGGACGAAGCAGGAGAUCAAGUUAGCAUACAAGAUGGCUAAGCGCUUCUAUUCCAACCCUCCGCUGUGGGCCCGAUGUCUGUUCAGCCACUGCUACAGCCUGUGGUUCAUCUGCCUGCCAGCAGCCGUGCGCCUAUCGAAGUCUAAAAGCCGUGCCAUGCAGCAGGCUUACAAUGUCCUCCUGAAGAUGAGGACAACUGAGGUGGAGGUGCUGGAUGAGGUGUGUUACAGAGUGGUGAUGCAGCUCUGUGGUUUGUGGGGCCUUCCGGUUAUGGCUGUGCGAGUCCUGGUUGAAAUGAAAAAAGCUGGAGUGCAUCCAAACGCCAUCACAUAUGGAUACUACAACAAGGCCGUCUUAGAGAGCCCGUGGCCGAGCAGAAACCGCAGCGGCCAGUUCAUGUGGACCAAAGUUCGGAAUGUGCUUCGUGGAGUGGCUCAAUUCAAGCAAGCUCUAGACCGAACAUCCUCCAAGAAGGGACCUACACUUAGUACCACAGCUGCAUCGAUAGGCGGGUCAGCAGUCACUGACGCUGACCGCUUGAGUCACGGAAGUGCUGACAGCUCAAGUGAGGUCAAUGGUGAGGAACACAACCUGUUUCCCCACAGCCACAGCAUGGAAGGCACAACAGACAACCACUGUAGUACAGGGAGGCAGUCUGAUCAAGGCUACGGCUCCAAGGAUGAGUUACACCGGGAGCUGUCAGAGCCUUUACAUACAGCUGCCCUUUCCACUGAAGAGAGGAACAAUUCCAAAGCACAGCAUAACGGUGGUGACAUUGCCAGCUCGGUAGACAGUGCUGUAGCAGUAGCAGAACCCCCCAGUCCUGCUGAUGUGCCCUCGCCCGUCCCCAGUAUUGUGAAGUUGUCCUCAGGCAGCUUUGACGGUGGCAGGGAAACAGGUACAGGGAAACUGUUCAGGAGACACAGCAAGACUGAUAAUGUGUCUCUCCCUGAUGAUGAUACCUCGCUGGCAUCAGGGGAUGUAGCUAACCAGACCCAACAGCAGCGACAGAAAUCCUUUACUGAACGCAGCUGUAGCUUCAGCGCUGAAACCCGUGCUGGGAUGCUCCUAGAGAAAGGCGUGGACCACAUGGCCAGUCAGAUGGGGGCCGAUGCCCGUAUCUUGGCUGCAGCGCUCUGUGGAGCCCAAAGUCCACCGCCUGCUUCCAAAGCACUUUUUACAGACCUGGAGGAAGAGCCUGAAGAUGAUCGAGGGUUGAUUCUGGGAAAGUUGCCAGAGGAAGAGGGGCCAGCAGAACCAGAAGAAGAGAAGGGAGAUGAUACCAAGGUAGAGGGGUCUGAGAUAAAAAUGGAGAAACGAGAGAGGAAGUACACUGAAACACAUGAGGAGGACGCUGGGCUGCGAGGUCCGACCCUGGAGAGGGCGGAUGUGGAGGCGGGAGCUGACCCGCUUUCCCUCCUGGUGUCAGAGACAGAAGAGUCAGCCUCUGUCACCAGCCAGGAGCCACCACGCGCCGUGCCUGCUGUGGUGUCCCGCAACCUGGCCGAGGAGAUCGAAAUGUACAUGAGCCUGAGGAGCCCCCUGGGUGUGAAGUCCUCCAGCAUGGAGCUCCAGCAGGCGCAGGGAGAUUCCACUGACGCCCCACAGCUCAAACCAUCUCUGGAGCGCAGGUCCAGCCUCCCAGUGCCUCCUGUCAAACCUCCAACUGGCUCCCCAGGCGAUACACCCAAACGCAGCCCAUCCACCGUCACUCGCUCCAAGACUUUUGCAGUAAAGACAAAGACCCCUGCCACCACCACGGGUAGAUCGGCCUCACUGAGUGCGCUGGUCAAGUCCUCUCAGGGAGGGUCGUUGGGUUCAGUCAUCAACUCCAUUUCAGGCAUCAAGAUGGACACCCUCUUGUCAGGACCUAAGAUUGAUGUGCUUAAGUCAAGCAUGAAACAGGCAGCAAAUGUGGCCAGCAAAGUAUGGGGGGCAGUUGCUUCAGCUUACUCCUACUCAGAUGACGAGGAUGAACAAGCUCAGGGUGGUGGCGGCUUCCCGUCACAUCUGGAUGAACACAUGCUGGCUGCACAUGAAGGAGAUGAAAGUCCUGAGAGAGGACCAAUCCCAGGGCUGGUGGCCAAUGGUCUCAACCAGAGCUGCACAAGUCUGGGCAGCAGCAGUGGCAGCAGCGACACAGGCCGAGGGACCCACCAGACACAUCCAACUCCAGGACGAGCGGGCAGGGGUCCAGACUCCGAGCAGGGCUCCUCACUUCACGCCUCGUCCUCGAGCAUUUACCAGAACUUUGCACUGGAGGUCCUGAUGUCCAGUUGCUCCCAGUGCCGCUCUUGUGAAGCCCUGGUGUACGAUGAGGAGAUAAUGGCGGGCUGGACAGCUGAUGACUCCAACCUGAACACCAACUGUCCCUUCUGUCGCACAGCCUUUCUUCCCUUAUUGCACGUUGAGUUUCAUGACUUGCGCACAACGAGCGGGUUCUAUAUGAAUCCCAGUGCCUCAGGAGACAGUAUCCACAGCACCAGUGCCCAGCCCACAACCAGCGGCUCAGCUGACAUUAAGGCACCAGAUCUUAUCUCUUUCCCUGAAGAGGAAUCUAGGGAGACUCCAGAUGAUCAGCCUGGAACACAAAACAGUCUGAUUCCCGAGCCGGUGCAGUCAGACCCCCUGGGCCUCCUGGAGCCACAGGCAGCGGGGAAGCAGCAGAGAUGCAGUGGGACGUCACUGACACGCAGCAACAGUGUCGGUGGCCCGCUGCAGAGCCUGGACUACUCCCAGAGACCUGGACAUGGCGUCUCCACCACCAGCCUGCCCUGCAGCCUACAAGAGGUGUCGGAUGGUAUGGGGACUAAACGGCCAAACCCCAAACCAGUGUCCGUACCGUACCUCAGCCCAUUGGUGCUGCGCAAGGAGCUGGAGACGCUGUUGGAGAACGAGGGAGAUCAGGUGAUCUACACCCACAAGUUCCUCAGCCAGCACCCCAUCAUCUUCUGGAACCUGGUGUGGUAUUUCCGUCGCCUGGACCUGCCCACUCACCUCCCUGGUCUCAUCCUUACCUCUGAACACUGCAACAAAGGAGUACAGCUGCCCCUGACGUCACUGUCCCAGGACAGUAAGCAGGUAUACGUCCAGCUCCUCUGGGACAAUAUAAACCUGCACCAGGAACAUGGAGAUCCCCUCUACCAGCUCUGGAGGACUUUGUUGGAGAAGAAGGGGACGUUGGCUCCCACAGACCACCAGGAGAUUCGUACCCUCCUCAACACGAUUGUUCGCAACAUCCAGACCAACGACGUUUAUGGGCCGAUCAACCUGUUGAUUCGAGAGAUCAAACGGCGCCCAGAAGGUGUCAAACGGCAGAGGAGCAUCUACAGAGAAAUAUUGUUCCUCUCACUGGUGGCCUUGGGGAGGGAGAACAUCGACGUAGAGGCCUUCGACAGGGAGUACCGCCUGGCUUACGACGAACUGAGCGCAGAGCAGCUCAAGUCUUUGCACCGCAUUGAUCGACCGCCCAUCCCCAGCGUCCAGUGGUGCGUUAAAUGCUUCGGCGCACCCUUCAUCUGACCGCCAGCACCGGGCAGCAAAGAUGAAAAAUCUGACUGGCCAAGUGCGACGGCAGGAGGGAAGGAUAGGCAGAGGGCCUGGGUGUGAGCGAAAAAUUUUAUUUAAACACCUCCAGUCGCCCAAACAUGGUACUUCUUCUUCCCUCUGUCUUGGAAGAUGCCCAUUGUCUGCUUUUUUACAACCUUAUUAUGCUUGUCAUGGGCUUUCCAAGCAGCUACUUACAGGUGGGACUGUUUCUGUAAAAUGCUUGGAAAGCUGCAGUGAAUCUCUUGGGACUAGUUGAGGUGAGUUUGUCUGCAGAUGGUGUAUAGAAUGAUUAAUCACUGUACAGAAUGUAUUGACUGCCCCUAUGGUGUAGACGUAUCUGUUUGUGUGUGUGUGUGUGUGUGUAAUCGUAGCCUUUUGCCCACUUCACUUAAAUCUGUCCUACCUAUCUGCAGAUCAUUUUGAGUUGUUUGAGACCGUGUACAGAUCCCGUCUGUUCUUUGUGCACUUUCCAAAAAAAAAACAAAAAAAA